AUGUCUGUAAUUACGUCUGCCGCACCUUAUUUAUCCCUACUGGAUGAGCAAGACCCAUCACUAAAGGUCUAUGCAUUGCAAUCUCUAAAUACACAGGUUGAUCAAUUAUGGUCCGAAAUUGCAAAUAGAAUCACAGAUAUUGAACAACUCUUCGAAGAUGUCCAGUUUACACAUAGAGAACUAGCUGCUUUGGUUGCUUCUAAAGUUUAUUAUAAUCUUGGUGACUAUGAUUCGGCUGUGAAAUAUUCGCUUUUAGCUGGUGAUAGCUUCAACACACAGGAAGACUCUGAAUUCGUUGAGACUAUUGUAUCCAAAUGUCUUGAAUCUUAUAUUAAGUUGUCUCAGAUGAAGUACUCAGAUGAAACUAUUUCAAUUGAUCCUCAACUAACUUCAAUUUUUGAACAAAUGCUAAAUAAAUGUGUAGACGAAAAUGAAAUCAAGCUGGCAUUAGGUAUUUCAUUAGAGAGCUAUCGUUUAGAUAUUGUUAAGAAGAUUAUACAAUCUCAGAUUGAUCAACAGGCGUCAUCUGAUGUUAUUAUGUCGCUUAUUGGUUAUGUUUUAACAUGUUCCACUACAGUUAUAAACGAUGUCAAUUUUAAAACUGAUUCAUUAGACGCCUUGAUCUCCAUUUUACUCAAUUACGAAAGUCCUGAUUAUUUUUUGGUUACCAAGAUAAUUGUUCAGUUAAACAACGCAUCUCAUGCCCAUGAGGUUUUUAGAAACCUUUUGAAGAACUCCGAAGACGUUCCAAUGGCAUAUCAAAUUGCAUUUGAUCUAGUAGGAAUCGCCAGUCAGGAGUUAAUUACUUCAACAUUGAAACUGAUUGAGUCUGACGAGAAGAUAGACAAGAAUUCUGUUGCCGUUUUAAGAUUGCAAAAAAUAUUAUCAGGUAUUCCAACUUGCGAUCUAGAUCUCACCUUUCUCUAUGAGAACCGUAAUGUUGACGUUGCUAUUUUGAAUAACACCAAGAAAGCAUUAGAUGGAAGAAAUUCGUUAUACCAUUCAGCGGUGACAUUUGCGAAUGCUUUCAUGCAUGCUGGUACUACCGAUGAUUCAUUUUUUAGAUCCAACUUAGAUUGGUUAGGCAAGGCUAAUCAUUGGUCUAAGUUCUCCGCUACUGCUGCAUUUGGUGUUAUACAUAAGGGUAACUUAUUACAAGGUCGUAAGGUAUUAGAACCUUACUUACCAGGAAGUACUUCUAAUGCUCAUACAAAUGGUGGUUCGUUAUACGGUUUAGGUUUUGUUUAUGCUGGCCAGCAUAGUCAGAUAUUAGAAUACCUUCGCAAUAUAAUUGAAACCAACUCAGGUAAUGUUGAAAACAAAGACAGUGACAUCAUUUUACACGGUGCAUGUUUGGGUGUUGGUGUAUCUGCAAUGGGACUUGCUAACAUGGACUUGUAUAAUGAACUUAAUGUGAUUCUAUACGCCGAUUCGGCAGUAUCUGGCCAAGCAGCAGCAUUGGCAAUGGGUCUAGUGAUGCUUGGUACAGGUAAUGAGAUGGCGUUGAGUGAUAUGUUUACAUAUGCUCAGGAAACACAACAUGAAACAAUUAUCAGAAGUUUAGCUGUUGGUAUAGCUUUGAUAUGUUUCGGUAGAGAAAACAAAGCAGAUGCUUACAUCAAAAAAAUGCUAGAUCAUAAGGAUUCAAUCCUGCGUUAUGGUGCUUGCUACACUAUUGGUUUAGCAUAUUGCGGUACCUCCAAUAAAAAUGCUAUCAAGCAGUUGCUACAUGUUGCGGUCUCCGAUUCCAGUGACAAUGUCAGAAGAGUUGCUGUUAUGUGUUUAGGUUUUGUUUUACUACGCGAAUAUGCGAAGGUUCCUACUAUGGUUGAGUUGUUAUCGCAAUCACACAACCCAUAUGUUCGUUAUGGUGCCGCAAUGGCUUUAGGUAUUUCGUGUGCCGGUCGUGGUUUAAAAAGCGCCUUGGAUGUUUUAGAACCUUUAUCUACUGACGCUGUUGACUUUGUCAGGCAAGGUGCAACUUUAGCGAAGUCUAUGAUUCUUAUCCAACAAAAUGAAAAGACGUACCCGAAGGUUAAGGAGUUUAGAGAAAAACUUGGAUCAACGGUCAGCAACAAACAUGAAGAAUCUUUGGCGAGAUUUGGUGCAACUUUGGCGCAAGGUAUUCUUGAUGCAGGUGGAAGAAAUACAACAAUACAGUUGGAAAAUUUGCAAACAAGCACGCUGAACUUGAAAGCCAUUGUAGGUUUGACUGUUUUCACUCAAUAUUGGUAUUGGCAUCCAUUAUCGCACUUCUUAUGUCUUUCUUUCACACCAACCUCCAUCAUCGGUGUUACUGAAAACAUAAAGAUUCCAAAAAUGAAGAUAAAUUGCCAUACUAAAGAAGACGUAUUUGGAUAUCCACCAAAACUCGAAGUUCAAGUGGAAAAGCACACCGAGAAAGUGACAACUGCAGUACUUUCUACCACGCACAGAGCUAGAACAAGAGCGGCUAAGAAAGAGAAGGUUUCCAAGGACAAUGUAAUGGAUGUAGAUAACUCUUCCAAAGAAGAAGAAGAAGCUAAAGACAAAAGACUGGAAGAGUCACCUACUGUGAUCAACGAGGAAUUACAAGACAGUCAAUUCAGAUCUCUUUAUGUUAAAGAACCGUAUGAAAUCGGUAAUAUGAGUAGAGUACUACCUGCUCAACUUAAGUAUGUCACUUUCUCGAAAAAUGCAAGAUUCGUUCCUCUCAAAAAGUUCAGAUCUAUUUGUGGUAUAGUCAUCUUGAAGGAUAAUGAAGCGGGUACUCCUUUUGAUAGAAUAAAAACUCUCAAGGAGAAGAACAAUAAAGACGCUCCUGUUCCACACCCAUUUACUAUCAACCCUGAAAUUGAUGACCUCUCUGUAUUAGAAGAUGCAUAG